AUGGCAGGAUUUGACUCGAUUGUCGUGAAUGGUAUUAUUGUUACGGCUAGCGAUGUCCUUCCUCUGGGGAUUGAGAUUGGCAUAAUUGGAGGCAAGAUCUCAUGUUUGGGAACAUCUUUGCCCCGAGACGAACGCACCAAGAUUAUCGAUGCCAAAGGGGCUUACAUUACCCCAGGAGGUGUAGACUCUCAUGUCCAUUUCGACCAAGACAAUUCACCAACAGGCGAUAAUUUUGUCACGGGAAGCAGAAGUGCGAUAGCAGGAGGUACAACCACAGUUCUAGCAUUUGCAUCGCAACUCAAGUCUGCGACCAGUGUCUUGCCUACCGUCGAAGACUAUCAUAGUCGUGCCAAAGACCAAAGUUACUGCGAUUAUGGAUUCCAUCUCAUUCUCACCAACCCAACGCCUGAGAUCAUGAGUAAAGAGCUCCCGAUCUUGAUGUCGCAAGGCAUCACAAGUGUCAAACUCUAUAUGACCUACGAACCUCUCAAGCUUGGAGAUGCAGCUAUUCUCGACGUCCUGAUGUCCGCACGUUCGCUUGGCUUCACGACAAUGAUUCAUGCAGAAAACAGCGACAUCAUCUCACUCAUCACUUCUCGCCUCGAAGCAGCCGGCCACAGUGACCCCUAUUUCCACGCAAUAUCUCGGCCCCAAAUCGCUGAGAACGAAGCUACGUACCGCAUCAUUAGUCUUGCCGAACUGACAGAUACGCCAAUUUUGAUUGUGCAUAUGAGUUCCGAGGUCGCAAUGAAGCAUGUCCGGAAAGCACAGACAAGAAUGCUGCCUAUCCAUGCCGAGACUUGUCCUCAAUAUCUCUUCCUGCUAAGUGAAAGACUGAAAGGCAACAAGCAAGACCUAUUCGAAGGCGCGAAAUGCGUGUGUAGCCCUCCUCUACGCCACGACCCCAAGGAUUUAGAGGCCAUGUGGCGGGGGAUUGCGAACGGCACUUUCACCACAUUCAGCUCAGAUCAUGCUCCUUCCACAUAUGAUCAUUCAGCGGGCAAGAAGCUCGGUUUGAAGGACGGGAUAAUGACUUACAAGAAUAUUCCCAACGGAGUCCCUGGUGUUGAAACGAGAUUGCCUUUGCUCUUCAGUCAUGCCGGUCAAGAGACAACUUCGAGAUUGAGUCUCCAGCGAUUUGUGCAGUUGACGAGUUCAGAUCCCGCGAAAUUAUAUGGACUGGAAGGCGUGAAGGGGAAUAUUGCGCCUGGUUGUGAUGCUGAUUUGGUGAUUUGGUAUCCGGAGAGCGAUGUUGGGGAAGAAUUUGUGAUUGAGCAGAAGAAGCUUCAUCAUGGUGUGGAUUAUACUCCUUAUGAGGGCAUGGUGGUGAGGAAUUGGCCAAGGUAUACAAUUCUGAGGGGAAAUAUUGUUUGGGAUCGGGAUGGCGGGGGAGUUGUUGGUGGGGUUACGUAUGGAAAGUUCUUGGUCAGACGGAAGGGAAAAAUUGUGGUUGGAACGAUGGGAUUACAGGCAACUGGGAUGCUAAGUGGUGAGAGAGACUAUUGGCAAUAA